AUGGAUACCUAUCAGGAGGAACUGCAUGGUGUCUUCCUGCCGGGCAAAAAUGGAGUUGGCAUAGAUGACCUUUUGGGGGCUGUCUUCCUCAGGUUGGUGAUUGAGUUGAUCCAAACCAUCGUCCGCAAAGCUUGUCCUGAGGCUGCGGCAGAGAUGGACACGGGGGAUGUUUGGACUCUGCUGAAGGAACCCAGUCGCAUCCAUGAAAGCAUCGUCCUUCUGGGCAGAGCCUUCUCAACAUGCUCAGAGGACCUCUUCCUGGAUGGGCUACUACAGCGUUUCCUCCCUCCUCUAAACAAGCCCAGUGGGAUCUUCAGAGACCUCAGCUUGGCCUUCUGUGUUGAGCUCACAGAGCACCUGAUGGUGCAUAAGCCGGAAGUGCGGACGCCACUCCUGCAAAGUUGGCUGCACGAAGCCAAGGAAGGAGAGCCUAUGCCACGUGCCAUGGCCAUUCGAGGGCUGCGGAACACGGCAAAUGCAAUGGCGACAUCAAAGGUCAGGACUGACCCUAAGCUGCUGGAAUCCCUCCUGGCAGAGCUGCCCCACUACCUAUCCUCUCUCUUGGAGGAGGUCCAAUUGGAAGCCUGCAAACUGGCAGGCGUCCUCCUGGAGAACAUGGACACGCUCUGCUGUGAGACCCUGGACCUGGAGCCCCUUUCGCAAGGUACCUUGGCUGCCUCAGGAAGGAGAGAGAGAUGGAAUGGGGAGAGGAAGCAGAUGGCCAUCUGUCAGGAGGGAUCACCCUCCAAGCCUUGA